UAAGUAAACCCCCUAAUGUCUGACGAAGAGCAACCAGCGAAAAAAUCUAAAAUGACAACGAAAUCAUCAGCGAUAGCCCCUCAACAAGAAGAGGCAACUGCAUCGCCGGCAAUUAAAACAUGUGCCCACUUUGUCAAGCGCAAAAAACGCUUUUGCAAGAUGUCCGUGGCCAAGGGUAAAGAGUAUUGUGGCGAACAUGAACCCGCUGUAACAGCUGAUGCGAAUGAGGAAUCUGCUGUGUUUAGUGAUCGUAUUCCUUGUCCUUUGGAUGGCAAGCAUACAAUUUAUAAAAAGAAUUUAAGAAAACAUUUGAAAAUUUGUAAUGCUCGUCACACAAAUGACCAGCCUCAGUAUAUACAAAAGAACAUUAAUGCCGGCAGUGAUAACGAGGAGCGAAUACAAGAAGAUUUAAAAAAUAUUAAACUCAACGAAUUGGAAGAUGAGGAAUUUUUUGGAGUUAUUGACAAAGUUAAGAAAUUAUACCAGAAAUAUGUUGAAAAUAAGAUAGCGAAAUUAGAAUGUCAUCAUAAAUGCAUGGAUGAAGAGUUGGCCAAGGAGGAGUAUGGCAAAGAAUCGCUCAAACAUUUAGUGCAAGCAGCCGCUUUAUUGGGUAUUCUGGAAAAAGAACAGAAAAUAGAAAACUCCACCAGUUUUGUUGAGUAUGGAGCCGGUAAAGGCCAACUAGCUUUUUAUUUGGCUAAAUUAUUGGAAUCCAAGCAAAAUUCUCAAGUGGUCUUGGUUGAUCGCAUGUCUUUGCGCCACAAAAAAGACAAUAAAAUAGAAGACCGCUCCUUAGUGCAACGUAUAAGAGCGGAUAUAGCCGAUUUUUGUAUAGACAAAUUAAACACUCUAAAAAAUUACCAACAUUGUGUGGCUGUCUCCAAACAUUUAUGCGGAGGAGCUACAGAUUUAACAUUGCGAUGUAUUACCCAGGCCAAAGAGAAAUUUACGGACUUUAUAAUGAUUGCCUUGUGCUGCCAUCAUCGCUGUGACUGGCGCUCAUUUGUGGGCAAGGAAUUCUUUAAGGAACAUCAAAUUUCUCAGCGUGAAUUUGUUAUUAUUACUAAAAUGGUUAGUUGGGCCAUUUGUGGUACAGGCAUGAGCCGAGAAAGACGUAAGGCCUUAGAGAAUCAGGAACUUACACCACAAGAGAUUGCGGAAAUCAAUGCAAAUCAACGUGUAUCCUUGGCCGAGCGUGAAACUAUAGGUUUUAUGUGUAAACGACUAUUGGACUAUGCUCGUUUGGGUUAUUUAAGACAACAUGAUUAUGAGGCUGAUUUGCAUUAUUAUGUGACCAGAGAGGUUACAUUGGAAAAUGUAGUAUUACUGGCGAGAAGAAAAGUAAAGUCGUGAAAGUAUGGAAACUUUUUUGCAUUUUCUAAGCUUGUUUCUUUUUGUUAAGAACAUUUUUUUUAAAGAGAAUUGUAAAUAAAAUUUAAGAUUUUUAAAUUAUUUUGAAAA